AUGUCUCAAGAGAUGGACCAAAAAUAUACUCAUAUACUCUUCUUUGAGGAUACGACAUUUUGUCAGCGUGAACUCAAAUCUAACCUGAAGAAGAAGCUCCAGUGUGUGUUUGAGGGGAUCACUAAAGCAGGAAACCCAACCCUUCUGAACCAGAUCUACACAGAACUCUACAUCACAGAGGGAGGGACUGCAGAGGUCAAUGAUGAGCAUGAGGUCAGACAGAUUGAAACAGCAUCCAGGAAACCAGACAGACCAGAAACAACCAUCAGACAAGAAGAUAUAUUUAAAGCCACACCUGGAAGAGAGGAACCAAUCAGAACAGUGAUGACAAAGGGAGUGGCUGGCAUUGGGAAAACAGUCUUAACACAGAAGUUCACUCUGGACUGGGCUGAAGACAAAGCCAACCAGGACAUACAGUUCACAUUUCCAUUCACCUUCAGAGAGCUGAAUGUGCUGAAAGAGAAAAAGUACAGCUUGGUGGAACUUGUUCAUCACUUCUUCUCUGAAACCAAAGAAGCAGGAAUCUGCAGGUUUGAGGAGUUCCCGGUUGUGUUCAUCUUUGAUGGUCUGGAUGAGUGUCGACUUCCUCUGGAUGAGUGUCGACUUCCUCUGGAUCAUCUCCCACAUCAAGACCUCACGAAGCCUCCACAUCAUGUGCCACAUCCCAGUCUUCUGCUGGAUCACUGCUACAGUUCUGGAGGAUGUGUUGAAGACCAGAGAGGGAGGAUAGCUGCCCAAGACCCUGACUGA